AUGCUCCUCCUACUCCGAGUCCGGCCGCUUCUAGGCUGCAGCCAUGCUCGGCCUCAGGUGGGCACCGGCAACUCAGCGGUCCGCCUGAUCAGCACCGAAGCGUCUAUCGCAAGGCGAACUCGUUCUCCCGAAGACUCGUUUCGCGUCGCUGUUGUAGGAUCCGGCCCCGCCGGUUUCUAUGCGUCUUACCGCGUCAUGUCUCGGCUCCCAAACGCGAAGAUUGACAUGUUUGAGUCAUUGCCAGUUCCCUUCGGUCUUGUCCGCUUCGGCGUCGCCCCAGAUCACCCUGAAGUCAAGAAAUGCCAAGAUAAGUUUGAGGAGGUCGCUGGCUCUCCUAAUUUCACAUUUGUUGGCAACGUUUCCGUUGGCGAAGCAGGUUUUCAUCCGCAUAGCUGCACUAUUCCGUUUUCGAGUCUACUGCGCCAUUACGAUGCUGUCUUGUUGUCAUACGGGGCAGCAAAGGACAGGACACUUGGUGUUCCAGGGGAAUCUGAGCUUCGGGGCAUAUAUUCUGCACGUUCAUUCGUUGGCUGGUACAACGGACUUCCCGAGUACGCCGGGCUGGCGCCGGACUUGACCAAAGGCGACGAAGCUGUUAUCGUCGGUCAGGGAAAUGUUGCUUUGGAUGUAGCUCGCAUGCUGCUUGAAGAUAUAGAUGUCUUACGCAAAACAGACAUCACUGAAGAAGCGUUAGCCAACCUGGCCGUUUCCCGCAUCAAGAGGGUUCAUGUCAUUGGAAGGCGUGGGCCUAUGCAGGCAGCUUUCACCAUUAAAGAGGUCAGGGAGCUGAUGAAGAUUCCCAGUCUUGCUUUCCAUCCCGUCGACCCAACCCUCCUCCCUCCUGAAAUCAAGACGCUCCCCAGAGCGGCAAAGAGACUGAUGGAGGUAGUAGCCAAAGGCUCAGCUGUCCGGCCCAACGAUGUUGCGAGGUCUUGGUCUCUCGAUUUUUGCCUGAGCCCAGUAGAGUUUCUCGCCAGCCCGGAAUCUCCGUCCGAUGUUGGUAGUACCCGGUUGGAACGAACGGAGUUGUCCUCCAAGUUCGACCCCGGUGCCCAGGUUCGCUUAACCGGGGAAACGAUAACUGUGCCCUCAGACCUGGUCUUCCGUUCCAUCGGCUACAAAUCUGUCUCCAUACCGGGAUUGCAGGAAGCAGGCCUUGCCUUUGAUGACCGGCGUGGUGUUGUUAUGAACGAUGGGCGUGGCAGAGUCUUGCGGCAUACCUCGGGGAACUCAUCAGAAUUCGACGCUUCCCCUGGCGUUUAUUGCGCCGGUUGGGUGAAAAGAGGACCAACAGGAGUUAUCGCAUCGACCAUGAUGGAUGCUUUCGAGACCGGCGACUCAAUCGUACAGGACUGGCUGUCCGGGUUCCCAUUUCUGUCCGGAACUGACAUGAACACCAAGCAUGGAUGGGCAGGGAUCAGUGCAGAAGUUGGCGACAGGGCCUCGAAAAGAGUAUCCUGGGCUGAUUGGCAGAAGAUAGACAGGGCCGAGAAAGACAAUGGCCGUGCUGUGGGCAAAGAACGAGAAAAGUUCACAUCCACCAAAGCGAUGCUCGAUGUUAUUUCGUGA